GUGAUGUUCAUGAAGGGGAGGAUUGUAUGGAUUGUAUGCAAGGAUUGCAAUGAUUUGAUUGAAUGAUGCCUUCUAUGACUCAAUUCACGCCAUUAAUGACUCUUUCAUAGCAUUCACACAAACAUAUGAAUUGUUUGCCUCAAAGAGUGGAUCCAAUCAAUCAGUUGUUGUGUGGAGUCGUGUAUUGUCUGAGUCGUUGACAACAAGCCAAUGGUUGACAGACUAAUGAACAGUGAGGCGAACGCCCGGCGCAUACAGAACGUGGAGAACUGCUUCGGCAUCUCUGGAGUGCCAUUGGCCAUUCAGGGACGGGUCCUCGUCGGUGAAGGCAUUCUCACGAAGGGCUGUCGCAAGAAAUUAAAGCCCCGACAGGUGUUCCUCUUCAACGACAUCCUCGUCUACGGAAGUAUUAUCAUAAACAAGAAGAAGUACAACAGACAGCAUAUCAUUCCUCUUGAAAACGUCAAACUCGACGAUCUUGAGGACGAGGACAACCUGAGGUAUGGCUGGCAGAUCAAGACACCCACGAAGUCGUUCAACGUAUACGCGGCC